GCUUCGUGGCGGGAUGGCCGAGAGGGACGGCCUCCUGGCCGGAGAGGAUCCAGGCAGCCCGCCCCCCUUCCGAAGGGUCUUCGCUCUCAAGCCGCUCCGCUCCCAGGGCCCACUCUUCCUCCCAGGAGUGCCCAUCUCCGCCCGGGUGGAGGGCACCGAGAGGUACACCUCGGGCUCAAAGGUGCGGACAAAUACUGUCUACUCCCUCCGUCUGACGCAUGGCGAAUUCACCUGGACCAUGAAAAAGAAGUUCAAACAUUUCCAAGAGCUGCAUCGGGACCUGAUGAGGCACAAGAUCCUCGUGACCUUCCUCCCCCUGUCCCGGUUUGCUCUUCAGGGCUCCCCGCUGGGAGGAGCGUCCCUGGAACUGCCUUCUCUGCCCCACGGGAGUGGGGACGAGGGUGCCCGGCGGCCGUCCAGCAAACAGACAGAGUUCCUGGACGUGAGCCAGCUCUCCUUCGUGCGGGACCUGGGACCCAAGGGGCUGCUGAGCCCGGAGAUCUACCUGAAGCGCCCAGCCCAGACGGACGACUGGCGCCUGGAUCUCCUCCUGAAGCGCAAAGCGGAGGAAGGGGUGCGUAUCUGCGUCCUGCUGUUCAAGGAGGUGGAGCUGGCCCUGGGCAUCAACAGCGGCUACAGCAAGAGGGCCCUGCUGCUCCUGCACCCCAACGUCAAGGUCAUGCGCCACCCUGACCACGUCUCCUCCACCGUCGUCCUGUGGGCCCACCACGAGAAGCUGGUGGUGGUGGACCAGUCGGUGGCCUUCCUGGGAGGGCUGGAUCUGGCCUACGGGCGCUGGGACACCUACGACUACCAGAUCGCUGACCUGGACGGUGACGACGGCCCCAGCCCCAAGGGCGGGGCUGCCCCACCCGGCGGGCAGGAGGCCCCCUUUGACUUGGGCACCAACCAGCGCCUCUGGCUGGGCAAAGACUACAGCAACCUCAUCGCCAAGGACUGGGUGCAGCUGGACAAGCCCUUCGAAGAUUUCAUUGACAGGCACCAGACCCCACGGAUGCCCUGGCGGGAUGUAGGGGUGGCCAUUCACGGGGCGGCUGCACGGGACGUUGCACGCCACUUCAUCCAGCGCUGGAACUUCACCAAGGUGCUGCGUUCCGUGGAUCGCUGGUCAGCCGGCCUCAACGAGUCAUCCAUCCACCAGGCCUACCUGAGUGUCAUUGAGGGAAGCCAGCAUUACCUGUACAUUGAGAACCAGUUCUUCAUCAGCUGUGCAGACAGGCGCAAUGUGUACAACACGGUGGGAGACGCCGUCAUCAACCGAGUGCUGCGUGCUCACAGAGAGAAGAAGCCAUUCCGAGUGUACGUCUUGCUCCCCCUCCUGCCCGGGUUCGAGGGGGACAUUGCCCGAGGGGGGGGCAAUUCCAUCCAAGCGAUCUUGCACUUCACCUACCGGACCCUGUCUCGCGGGGACGCUUCCAUCGUCAGUCGCCUGGAGGCCGUCAUGGGGGAGGACUGGAAGAACCACGUCUCUUUCUGUGGGCUGCGGACGCACGGGCAGCUGCACGGGCAGCUGACCACGGAGCUGGUCUACAUCCACAGCAAGCUGCUCAUUGUGGAUGACCGGUGGGCCAUAAUCGGGUCAGCCAACAUCAAUGACCGGAGCCUGCUGGGCGAGCGGGACAGCGAGCUGGCCGUCCUGGUGGAAGACACGGAGUGGGUGGCGUCUGUCAUGGGCGGGCAGGAGUACCAGGCGGGGAAGUUUGCCCUGAGCCUGCGCCUGGACUGCUUCAGGUGUGUUUUGGGUGUGACCUCUGACCUUGGUGUCAACAUUCAAGAUCCCAUCAGCGAUCACUUCUUCCAUGAGGUCUGGCAAGCCACAGCCGUCAGCAACGCCAAUCUGUAUGACCAGGUUUUCCGCUGCCUCCCCAGCAACGCCGUGCGGUCCCUCCGGGCUCUGCGGGAUUACGCCAGCGUGAAGAACCUGGCUGCUGUCAGCCCCGACCUCGCCCGUGAACACCUGCAAGAGGUGCGGGGACACCUGGUCCAGUUCCCCCUGGACUUCCUGGCCGAGGAGUCUCUCCUGCCUGCCCUCAGCAGCAAAGAGGGCAUGAUCCCCACCGCCGUGUGGACUUGAAGGGGCGCUGGCGGGAGCUGGCGGGGGGGUGAGGCCAACCAUGGGGGGGGCAGCAGCAGUCUGAGGCGAGCCAUUCUCCUGCCCCGACGGCCUUCGUAUUGCCCCCCCCCCAGCCAGCAAGUGGGUGGAGCGGCCCCUCCCCAAAAAGACCAUUCAUGAACUGUCCUAAAAGCAAUAACAACAACACGCAUCUCCCCUUUCCUUGUGUCUGGGGUGAGGCUGGUGGUGUUGCUCCCUUUCCAGGGGCACCCCAUUGUAGUCCAAGUUUGACUCCGCAGUGGGACCAACCCACAACUCUUCCGUGGGGGUUGGAUUCCUGUUUUAGAAUCGCUUUCAAAAAUAUGUUUACACACUACACCUUCAAAGAGGCCCGGGACACUCCUGAGGAAUGCUGGGAGCUUUGUCGCAAUGCUCCUGGCAAGAACUCCCCCUGGGGGCUCCUGCUGGGUGCAGAGUUUGGCCCAUGUGCCCCCCCCCAGCACUGACACAAGCCGGAACGCACAGGAAAGACCCGGGGGGGGGGUGUUUUCCUCUGCAGGCGGUCUUUGUUCCCUCCCAACCACUGUGCCACUCAGGAGUGUUCUGGUGCGGGUCAAGCGGCCCAGCUCCUGGCUCCAUUCCUGCAGAUGGCUCUCCUAGGAGUCUGCUUCUCUUCGGUGCUUCCAGCCCGCCUCGGUAGAGGCCACUAUGCUGCUCCAUUGUUACAGGCAAAAUCUCAAGCACAGCGGGAUCAGAGUAGGUGGCACUGGUUCCGAUGCCCCCACUUUGGGCUUCCCGAGUAGGAUGUUGGAUCGCUCCUGCUUAUGAACCGCAUAUAGAAUAA